AUGAGAUCCGUAACAGUGUUGUUGGCAGCCAUCUUCAUUAGCGCACACACGCAAGAAACGUGCGAUGGUCGUCUUGACGGCCUUUACACACUCGGCGAUUGUGAAACGCAAUUCUUAACAUGUUCGGGAGGAGUUGCGCGAAUCAUGGACUGCCCAGAUGAUUUGGUCUACAAUCCAAUUGGCGAGUUUUGUGAUUGGCGACACAACGUUGCCAACUGUGAAGCUUCCGGCGAAGAGAGCUCUGGCGAGGGUUCCGGUGAAGCCUCGGGUGAGGGAUCUGGGGAAUCUUCUGGUGAAGGAUCCGGAGAAUCGUCUGGUGAAGGAUCCGGAGAAUCGUCUGGUGAAGGAUCCGGAGAAUCGUCUGGUGAAGGAUCCGGAGAAUCGUCUGGAGAAGGAUCCGGAGAAUCGUCUGGAGAAGGAUCUGGAGAACCAUUCGAAUGUAUUGAGGAUGGAACCUUUGCCCUUGGACAAUGCUCCUCAUCUUUCACUAUUUGCGAAGGCGGAAUUGCCUACACUAGAAGCUGCCCAACCCCACAAUUCUUCGACUCUGUUAACAAUAUUUGCAACUGGCGUCAUUUGGUUGAGGAAUGCGAUUCCACUGUGCCAGAAACAUCUGGAGAAGCGGAGAAUAGCGGAGAAGGAUCGUCGGGCGAAGGAUCCGGCGAGAACUCGGGCGAAGGAUCUGGUGAGGAAGCUUCUUGCGAAGGACUUGCCGACGGAAUCCAUCCGAAUGGCAUCUGCUCCUCGAACUUUUUGACCUGCUCUGGAGGAAUCGCCCGCGUCAUGGACUGCCCGGCCACUCUUCGUUUCAAUCCACAACUUCUCGUCUGCGACUGGCCACGCGACAUCGCUGAAUGCUCCGGAUUGCCAAUCAACACUGGUUGCGAGGAAGACGGAUAUUUCUCUUUCGGCAAGUGCUCCGACAACUUCACCGCCUGCAUCAACGGUCGCGCCCUUACCAUGUUCUGCCCAGGAGGACUCGCCUUCUCCCAAAGCGGACAAAUGUGCGACUAUCCAAAUGCUGUUCCAGAGUGUGGUGGAACGCCAACCACUACUGAAGAGCCUUCUGGUGAAGAAUCUGGUGAAUCUUCUGGCGAGAGUUCCGGUGAAUCGUCUGGAGAAGGAUCGGGAGAAGCUUCCGGAGAAUCAUCUGGAACCGAGGAUUCUCUUUGCCUCCACCUUGAGAACGGACUCUACUCGCUGGGUUGCAACUCCAAGGUUCUCUCCUGUCAGAAUGGCCAUCAGGAUUUGUUCGAAUGUCCGUCUUCUCUUGUCUUCAACGAAGCUACUUUGAUCUGUGACUUCCCGCAGACGUCAACAAAAUGUAUCGACGACGAAAACGAGCACACCGAACCAACGUUUGAAGCCGGAGCUUGCAACUAUGAUGGAGUUCUCGCGAAGUCUUUGUGCUCCAGAGUCUACCAGAAGUGCGUCAACGGUCAAAUCGUCAACUUCACGUGCGAUGCCGUCGAUUCGGUGUUCUCCGUUCCCAAUGCCGAAUGCGUCUCGGCCUCUCUUGUCCCUCAAUGCCACUAA